AUGCGUUUCCCUCGUCCUGUGCAGCGACCACUCAGUCUGUCUUUCGUCAAUCCUCAUGAAAGCCAGGCCGCAUGGAGCGCCGCAUCAUACGACCUAGUCACCGAGGAAGAGACAGGGGCAGCCUACGUGUACAAGAUGGACAGGCCGUGGCUGAGGCCAGACGAGGUGAGGGUGGAGAUCCGGCGGGGCCGUGCCCUCUGGGUGAUCGGCCAAGGAGACGAGCCCAUCAAGGUGGAGCUGCCGAGUUUAAAUAAGAUGAGGGUGAGCGAGGCCACGGCUUCCAUGAAUGCCGACAGCGUGCUCACCAUCACGAUUCCCAAGAGAGACCAGCCUUGGAAGUGGUACGAGUACAAAGAUUUGGUGUUCGCAUGGUUCAAAACGGUCCAUGUUGCGGUUUCUAGCUAA